AUGCUACAAUCUUCAUGAGUCCUUCAAAGUAUAUGUUCUAAUUACUUAUCCUUGCCAUUUACCCAGGUGACGCGUUAGUUCCUUAUAUUCAUAAUCAAUAUUUAAGCUAGGAUCAUGGGUGGCUACAGGUUUGGUGUUACCGAUUUAUGAAGUGAGAACUUACGAAAAAAUUUAAUCUAAGUUGUUAGUAGACAUGAGUUUAUUUGUUACUCCUGGUAAUAAAUAUUAUCUAUGAUUCUUAGUUGCAGGUACUUCAGGAGUGUACAUUGGUUGGAAAAUGAUUCUAUAAGCUACCAUUUUGUAUCUAUAAACACCAUGGCUUAUCCUUUUAGAGAUAUUACGAAUGAAAGUCAAUUCUCAAGUUGUGUUCAAGGGCGCAGUAGUUGUGGAUCGAAUGUGACAGGAGGAGAAAACAUUUGUAGUGUAGCAGAUUCUAAUCCAGUAGGGCCACAUGUAGUUAGUGGUACAAAAAUUUUGGGGAAGAGGUCAAAUCGUGGACGUGCAAUACGAAAGCCCAAUUUGCAACGAGCAAAGAGGAGGAUCACAAUGAUGAGUGAGUGUAAUGAAGAGUCUGGCUCGCGGCCAAUGACGCAGGGAGUGCAGCCAAAAUUUGACAACCGUAAUUUGCUCUUUGAUGUGGCUGAGUUUCAAUCCUAUAUUGAUCUAGGUGAUAUGAAUAUGGCAUGUAAGUAUUGUGGAGCUAUCCUUUGGUAUCACGAGAGAUCUGUAAAAGCUCAAAAAUCCGCUUCGCCGGAUUUCUCCAUAUGUUGUAUGAAGGGAAAAGUUAUGCUACCCUAUUUGGCAGAUUGUCCCGAAUUACUGUCUAACUUACUGAGGAAUACUGAUACAAGGAGUCGUCAUUUUCUGGAUAAUAUCAGGUCUUACAAUAGCAUGUUUGCAUUCACAUCUAUUGGUGGCAAAGUGGAUUGUGGUUUGAAUGAUGGUCGUGGCCCUCCGCAAUUUGUUAUUAGUGGACAAAAUUAUCACCGUAUUGGUAGCUUAGUUCCAACUGAAGGUGACAACCCCAAAUUUGCUCAGUUAUACAUAUAUGAUACAAAAAACGAAGUUCAGAAUAGAAUGAGUCAUUUCAGUGAUUCUUGUGGCAAAUGUACACUUGAAAGCAAUUUAGUGGUGGAUUUGAUUAGAAUGAUUGAUGAGCAUAAUGUUUUAGCCAAAUCUUUUAGAAGGGUACGAGAUCAUGUUGAAUCACAUGAUUCCACUGAAGUUGCAUUAAGGUUGUUUAGGAGUCGUGUGUAUGACUCUAACACAUACAAUCUCCCAAGUGUAGAUGAAGUUGCAGCAUUAAUUGUUGGUGACUUUGAUAGUUCUGAUUGUGGACGUGUAUUAUACUUCGAUCAAUAAG